AGUUUUUACUAUUUAUUGAUGAAAGCGCUAAUGUAACGUUGCGCUCUUUUGAACAACACAUUUUCCCGUUUCUGUUUUAUGACGUUACGCCUUUGACGUGCGCUUCGUCGUCUAGACUUUAUUUUGAUAACAUACGGAUGCACAUUGUUUUAUUAGACAGAUUAAAGUUGAGAAACGAUUGUUAGCGACCAUAUGAUUUUUAUAAACGAAUAAAAGAUAGAUACAUGGUUAACUCGCAUACUCAUCUCUUCGCCCUAAGUUAAACUUUAUGUGAUUCGUACAAUUCUCAACUCUGGAGAGGAGGAAAUUCUAAAAUUGUGCCGAAUUUUGAAUAUUUGAUAAAAAAUGGCUACCGAUAGACGGAAAGAUGACUGUCUGGACUUCAGUGAUGCAAAACGGACUCGUAGUACGAAUUUAGCGCAGCUUACUAAAUUGUACAAAGAAUUGGAGAAGAAUUUAAUUUCAUAUGAGAACGUGGAACAUGUAAAACAAUUAUAUUCAAAGUUAUGUGAAAGGUUUGAACAAUUUAAGUUAGCACACUUACAGUGUUUAGAUUUGUGUACACAAUCAGAAGUUAUAGCAAAUUUGGAAGUGAACUAUGAACGUUGUCAUGAGAACUUUGUAGAAUUCCGGGAUAGAUUUUCUCAGUAUAUCGCGAGUGAAAAAUCGCAUGAAGAGGAAAUACCCGAAGAAAGUGAUACAGUUUCAAUUGAUAGCAGUUUGAGUUCACGAUCUUCAGUUUCAUCACAAUCUAGAUUUCGCAGUGCAAAAGCUAAGCGGCUCAUCGCAGAACUUAAACUCAGGAAAUUAUCAGAACAGCAUGAACUAGAGCGUGCACAAAUAGAAAUUAAAUUUAGACAACAGGUAUUUAAUCAACUAUCCGAGAUGGAAGAGGCCAAUAUCGAAGAAUCAGUGUGGCAAGAAGCAGUGGAAGAAGACACAGAUAAUACCAGUGGAAUCGUGAACAUUCGGAACAUUUCGCAAACAGUCUCGCAAACAUUACAGAGCUCUGUUCCUGCGAGUGAAAAGUGUAUUAAUAUGAACUCUCUUUCCGGACAAACUGCAGCAACUGAUAAACCAAAGAUGAACAUUAAUAACAGUACACAGGGAAUCAGUGCUCAGUCUGGAUUUUCGGAUGUAAGUGUUUCUAGCAUAGAUUCGGCUUUUCAACGCCUAGCAUCUACACUUCACGAAGGGUUUAAUUUGCCAAAACCAGAAUUAUUAACUUUUAAUGGAACUCCGUUAGACUAUAGUAAGUUUAUAAGGAACUUUGAGACAAACAUUGAAGGUAGAAUAAGUGAUAAUAGUUUGAGACUGAGUUAUUUAAUUCAGUACUGUAGAGGUGAAGCCAAGUGUUGUAUAGAAGAUUGUGUAUUAUUAGAUUCUGAUGAGGGUUACAAACGUGCUAGGGCAAUAUUGUACUCCCGAUACGGUAGGCCACAUGUAAUUGCUAGAUCAUGUAUUGAAAAAUUAGUGUACGGCGCUCAGAUGAAAGCGUCAGAUAUUGAAGGUUUAUCUAAAUUGGCAUUAGAAAUGCAAAAAUGUGAAAUCACAUUGUCUCAGUUAGGUUUUAAUUCAAACAUUGAUAAUUCUGAAAAUUUAAGGUGUAUUAUUAAACGCUUUCCAAUGCAUAUGAGAACAAGAUGGGUCGAUAUUGCUCAUUCAAUUAGCGAGUCUGGUAGAGAACCUCGUUUUUGUGAUUUAGCUAAAUUUGUAGACGAAAAAUCUCGCAUUGCUAGUUCUAUGUAUGGUUACGAUCUUUGUAGAGAAAACAAUCAGAACAACACUGAUAAUAGGGUUUUUACAAGUAAACAUCAUAAUAAUGAUACAGUUAAUAGUAAGAUUACUACGUUAAGUACUCAAAGUUUAGAUAACACAGCUAAUUAUGAGCAAACAUGUAAAUGUUGUACAGGUACAUGUGUAGAUUUGACAUCUUGUAGCAAAUUCAAGUCAAUGAGUUUAGAUGAUAGGUAUAAAUUAGUACGCAUGUUAAAAUUGUGUUAUAAUUGUUUAAAAGGGAAGCAUUUUGCUAACAAUUGUAGAAAAUCUAAAUCAUGCACUGUAUCUGACUGUAAUGUUAAGCAUAAUAUUUUAUUGCAUAGUUGGUCUCAGCCCGGUUUUGAUCAUGCAGCUACUCAGCCGUCAGUAAAUUGCGCAGCUACUAAAGGUUCUAUGAUUAAGAACUGUUUAGGAAUUGUUCCUGUCCUCGUUAAGGGUCAGAACGGUAACUCUUGCAAAACAUUUGCCUUGCUAGAUGACGGAGCAGAUAAAACUUUAUGUGAUGAACGAUUACUUCAGAAAUUAAAUAUAGUCAGCAAGCCGGUCACUUUCGAGAUGUCUACUGUUAACUCUUCUGGUUGUACAAUUUACGGUCAAGAAGUUGACUUACAAGUAAAAGCUAUUGACGGAAAUGAUAAGGUGUCGUUAAAAAAGGUCUGGUCAGUAAAGAAGCUUCCAAUUUCAGCUCGAUCUGCCGCAGAAAAUGUAGAUAUAAGAAAAUUGCCGUAUUUAGCCGAUAUACAGAUACCCUCUACUGAUUUAACCGAGGUCAUGUUGUUACAGAUUCACCUAACGCUCACAUUCCGCUAG